ACAGCCUUAGCGCUCAGGGUCCUCAGGGGGAUGAGCCAGGGGUGUGUGCAGGAGAGGAGAGGGGAGACCAGAGGACAGGUAGCGCAAGAUAAUUCCGUCCAGAAGGAUGCAGACUAGAACUAAGAGGAGAAGCGGGUAGAAUCUCUGGAUUGCGUGAAAACAAACAACAGCAGCAACAACAACAAAAAAGACUUUUGAAUUCGGAUGGGAGUUGGACAAAGAAGAUGCUGUAGGGCUCCGAACAGAGACGGACUUCGGGAAUGGAAGCAGAGGGGAUGGGGAUAGAGAGAAACUGAGGCUGGUUACCGAGAGGCUCCGUUGAGAUAGCAGGAAGCUGGGUUCCCGGCAACGGGCUCUAGGCUGCUUGCGUUCCCCGGGGAUCCUAGGGAAGCCGCUUAACCCCAUAUGUGGCCUCAUUCUUCUGGGGCCAGGCCUUGGGCUAACGCUUUGAAAGGAAUUGACUCAGAAAUCAUGGCUCGUUGGUACCUAGAUGGGCUUCCCAACAUCCCUACCAUUCCAUGGCGAGAACUGUGGAGACCGGGCUCCCUACGGGCCCUCUCACCUCCAGCCCUGAGCUGCAGGGACCGUAGACCCUUGAGGAAGGGGAACGUAGAUGCCUGGAGACACGAUCCAGAGGCUUCAGAUAAGACAGAGAUGUUGCCACCUUCAGGUUUUGCUGGGCUGGUUCCUCCCUCUCACUUCCAAGCUCGGCCCCUUCCAACUCUGCCAAGAAUGGCCCCGACCUGGGCUUCCGACAUUCCCCUGGUCCAAUCCAGGGUUGGCCAAGGUGUCGUCGAGAGGCGGUUAGACACUCAGAGGCCUACGGUGACCAUGUGGGAACAGGAUGUUUGUGGAGAUGGACAGGGGACAGGGCGGAGAGGCAGGUCUCUGGAACUGGGGGUCUCCAGCGCCCUGAGCCAGCAGGCCGAGCUGAUCUCCUGGCAGCUCCAGGACUUGCGGCGGCUGGAGGAGGAGGUCCGAUCGCUACGGGAGACCUCGCUGCAGCAGAAGAUGCGGUUGGAGGCGCAGGCUCUGGAGCUGGAUGCUCUCGCCGUGGCAGAGAAGGCUGGCCAAGCUGAGGCUGAGGGCCUGCGUGCUGCCUUGGCCGGAGCCGAGAUGGUCCGAAAGAACCUGGAGGAGGGGAGCCAGAGGGAGCUGCAGGAGAUGCAGAGUCUGCACCAAGAGCAGAUGUCCUCCCUGACCCAGGCUCACCAGAAGGCUCUUGCCAGUCUGACCAGCAAGGCUGAGGACUUGGAGAAGUCUCUGAGUAGCCUGGAAAUGAAACGGGCAGGGGAGACCAAGCAGCUGGCUGUGGCCCAGAAGGAGGUGGAGCUGCUUCGGAGUCAACUGAGUAAGACCCAAGAAGAGCUGGAAGCUCAGGUGACCUUGGUCGAAAGUCUGAGGAAGUAUGUUGGGGAACAGGUCCCUCCUGAGGUUCAGAGCCAGGCAUGGGAGCUGGAACGGAAGGAGCUUCUAGACACCGUGCAGCGCCUGAGGGAGGACCGCACUGACCUCCAGGCCACCGUGGAGUUGCUACAGGUUCGGGUCCAGAGCCUCAUGCACAUGCUCGCCCUACAGGAAGAGGAGCUGACCAGGAAGAUCCAGCCUUCGGAUGCCCUGGAGCCCGAGUUUCCUAAGAAGUACCGAUCGCUGCUGCGCUGCUGGCGGGAGAAGGUGUUUGUCCUCAUGGUACAGCUCAAGGCCCAGGACCUGGAACACAGGAACUCCAUGAAGGGGCUGAGAGACCAGGUAGCAGAGCUGCAGGAACAAGUGAAGUCCCAGAGCCAGGAGCAGGCCAUCUUGCGUCGCGCCCUACAAGACAAAGCCGCUGAGCUGGAGGUGGAGCGGAUGGGCACCAAGACCCUGCAGAUGGAGCUGAAUCAGGCUCAGGAGGCCAGACAGAGGCAGGAGCAGCUGACAGCCUCUGCUGAGGAGCAGCUGAAGUUCUUGGUCCGUGCCAUGAGCAGCACUCAGGCCAACCUCCAUAGCACCAUGACCAGGGUGAAUCAGGCUGUAGCCCGGAUUCCCAGCCUCAGCAACCGACUCAGCUAUGCUGUCCGUAAGGUCCAUACCAUUAAGGGUUUGAUGGCUCGAAAACUGUCGCUUGCCCAGCUGCGCCUGGAAAGCUAUCCCCCACCCCCACCCCCACCCUCACUGGAUGCAGACCUGAGCCUUGAGUUGGAACAGCUACGGGAAGAACGAAAUCGCUUGGAUGCAGAGCUGCAGCUGAGUGCCCACCUCAUCCAGCAAGAAGUGGGCCGGGCACGGGAGCAAGGGGAGGCAGAGCGCCGGCAGCUGAAUGAGGUGGCCCAGCAGCUGGAGCAGGAGCUGCGGCGCGCCCAGGAGUCCCUGGCCACUGUGGGGCAGCAGCUGGAGGCAGCCCGGCAGGGCCAGCAGGAGAGCACAGAGGAAGCCGCCAGCCUCCGGCAGGAGCUGACACAGCAGCAGCGGAUCUACGGGCAAGCCCUGCAAGAGAAGGUGACCGAGGUGGAAACGCGGCUGCGGGAGCAGCUCUCAGACACCAAGAGGAGACUGAACGAGGCUCGGAGGGAGCAGGCCAAGGCUGUGAUUUCCUUGCGCCAGAUCCAGCACAAAGCUGCUCGGGAGAAGGAGCGCAAUCAGGAGCUCAGGCGCCUGCAGGAUGAGGCCCGGAAGGAGGAAGGGCAGCGGCUGGCCCGGCGAGUGCAGGAGCUGGAGAGGGACAAGAACCUCAUGCUGGCCACCUUGAAGCAGGAGGGUCUCCUCUCCCGUUACAAGCAGCAGCGCCUGUUAGCCGUGCUUCCCUCGGGAAUGAAUAAGAAGUCGGCGGGGUGCAGCUCCCAGCUUGUAGGGUCCCCAGAUCCCGAGUCUCCAGCAGCUGCACCUUCCGGAGAAUCUGUGAAAGGGUCCCUGACUGUCCUGCUCGACAACCUGCAAGGCCUGAGCGAGGCCAUUUCCCGAGAGGAGGCUAUUUGCCAAGAAGACGUCCCGAGCACCACGUGCUGCCCUUCAGACCCCUGCUGCGGGGAGGAGCAGUGAAGCCAGCCUGGAGCUGGAUCCCCGGGAGUGGGCAGGGGCCAGCCUGACCUGUUUCCCAGCAAGCUUCGGGGCCCCAGCUCCCACCACGUCUAAAUUCUGCAAUAAAUAAAGAUGGCUGUAGCGGGGCGGAUGCUCGGAGUUGUCUGGACUCUCCCUGAAGCCAGCUCCUCCCGCCCGACCUUCCCGAGUGGCACCCCUUCCUAAUUGCUCCCAGGUUUGGGGUUUUUGUUUUGACUUUUGAGAGGGAGCUCACUACGUUUGUACACCA